GUGAAAAUCAGUUCUUGGGGGGUUAUAACAUGAACUUGGGCAUUGCCAAAAUGACCACGUAGCCCUGUCUCUCCAAUAAACAAAAGGCGUUUAAUUUGAAAUGAUAUACCAUUCCAAUACUCCACCUCCACCUCAAAAACAACCCCCUCGAUCCUUGUUCAAACCAAAAACACCGCACCGAAAGUGAAGGAGAAAGAUGUGUCGGGUAACACAAGAAACGAAGCCCAAAGCUGAGGUUUAUUACGGUGACGAAACAUGCAGAGAGAAGUUCACGUCGUUGUUAGAAGCAAAAGGCUUGCCAAAUGGCUUGCUAACUUUGCAAGACAUACAGGAAUGUGGAUACGUCAAGGAUACUGGCUUUGUCUGGCUCAGACAUAAAAAGAAGACGGACUCGUACAAGUUUAAGGAUGUUGUCAUCAGCUAUGACAACGAAAUCACAGCUUAUUUCGAGCCGAACAAGAUCAAGAACCUGACCGGUGUCAAAGCCAAAGAGUUCAUGAUUUGGGUCACCUUGACAGAAAUCUACGUCGAAGAAUCUCAUCCUUCAGCAUCUAUCACAUUCAAGACUCAGGUCGGCUUGUCCAGAUCUUUUCCGGUAUCAAUGUUUAAAGUUCAGACAGUCAUGUUUCAUGAGGAGGCGGAGGAAGAGGAGGGAAAGAAGGGCAACUGUGCAAGAAAGAAGCUUUACUUGCAUGUUUAAAGUUUCUUAAUCUGUGUAUUUAUUUUUCCUGUUUUUUAACUGUUUCUGCUGUUUACGUCA